GCGUGAACGCGCUUGAACAAGCUCUCAGUACGCUCAAGAGACGUGUCCGCCUGUUCUAGACUUUUCGAGCCUCGCCGUCCCGCGUGAUCAACCUCGCGCGAGCUUCCUUCGCCUCAUCAGCUCCAACGAGCGAGCGCUCCGACCAGGACUGAGCAGCAGUCGAGCCAACACUCAAGAGCUCCAGGGCGCCAACCUGAGCGCAACGGCAAGCGCACCGCAUCGAACGACAAGCUCGAGUCGACCAAGAUGGCAAGCUCGCAGUACCAGGACACGGGCGUGUCAUACCCGAACCCCAACGUCCAGGGCAACCCGUACAUCUACCUCGCCGUGUACUCGUCCGUGCCCGUUUACGAGAUGAUGGUCCGAGGAAUCGGCGUCAUGCGGCGCCGGGUCGACAGCUGGCUCAACGCGACCCAGAUCCUCAAGGUCGCAGGCGUCGACAAGGGCAAGCGCACCAAGAUCCUCGAGAAGGACAUCGCCCAGGGCGUCCACGAGAAGGUCCAGGGCGGGUACGGCCGGUACCAGGGCACUUGGAUCCCGUUCGAGCGCGCUGUCGAGCUCGCCAACGCGUUCGGCGUCUCGCACCUGCUCGCCCCCCUCUUCGACUACACGGCUCCUCCUCCUCCCGCCUCGCUCGGCGGCGCCGCCCCUCCUCCCGCCAUCGUCAACCCGUACGGUCCUCCUCCGCCGCCUCAGCUCCCGCCGCCGCCGUCCCUCCAGCAGCAGCAGCAGCAGCAGCACCACCUGCCGUCGCCCCAACCUCGCGCUCAGGACGCCUCCGCCAUCCUCCACCACGCUCGCCAGCAGGGGCUCCUCCCCGAGCAGCAUGAUCACUCGAUGCUCCCGCCACCGCCGCCCAACCUCAAGCGUGCGGGCGACUCGCUCGACCAGGACGAGAUGAAGCGGGCGCGGCUCGAGGCGGUCAACGGGUUCCGCAACGGCAACGGCUACGCCGCCUCGCCUCUACCGGCACCUCCAGUACCCGCACCUCUUCCGCCCAAGCCGCUCAGCAACUUCCGCACGACGCUCAAGCUGUCGUCCAAGGCGCCGUUCGACCCGGCGACCCUCGACCAGGCCGUCCUCGAGCGCGACCGCACGGCGCUCAAGUCGAUCUUCGCGAUGGAGCCCGAGCAGCCUGUCGGAGGUGGCCCGGCUCUCGUGCCCGACCUGUCGACCGUGUUCCCGCCCGACCUCGACGUCGACACGCCGAUCGACGAGAACCUCCACACGGCGCUGCACUGGGCCGCCGCCCUCGCGCGCGUGUCGCUCGUGCGUGCCCUCGUCGCGUACGGCGCCGACGCUCACCGCGGCAACAACGCGGGCGAGACGCCCUUGAUCCGCGCCGUCCUCGUCACCAACAACUCGGACCAAGACUCGUUCCUGCGCCUCCUCGAGGUGCUCGCGCCCGCGCUCCGCACGGUCGACGACAUCGGCCGCUCGGUCCUGCAUCAUGCCGCCCUCGUCGCUGGCGUCAAGGGCCGCGCCGCGAGCGCACGCUACUACAUGGAGGCCGUGCUCGAGUUUGUCGCGACGCGCGAGGGCGGCCGCUUCAAGGACCUCGUGGACGCGCAGGACGCGUACGGCGACACGGCGCUCAACAUUGCGGCGAGGAUCGGCAACCGCACGCUCGUGCGCAUGCUCCUCGACGUCGGCGCCGACAAGCUCAAGGCGAACAAGCUUGGGCUGCGGCCGACCGACUUUGGCGUCGAGGACCCUGAGCUCGCCGUCAACGCCGCCGAGGAGACGCUCCACGCGCUGCAACACGCCGACUCGCCCUCGUCCUCGUCCGUCCCUGUCCAGGCGUCGAGCGACGUCCUGCGCACCCUGUCCGAGACCCUGUCGUCCCUGUCGUCGUCGUUCGACGCCGAGCUCCAGGUCAAGGCCGACGAGCUCGCCGCCAAGAAGGAGCACCUGCGCGCCGUCGCCGCCGAGCUCGCCGACGCUCGCGGCGCCCUGUCGCAUUGGCGCGCCGAGGCGGCCCUCACCGACGAGGCGGCGCAGCGAUCGCAGAACCUCGCGCGCGCGAUCGACGACGAGGACUCGUUCGACUGGACGGGCCGCACCGAGAUUGACGGGCAGCCGGCGUCGCAGCUCGCCGGCCCCGGGUUCGCGUACCGCGGGCCCGAGAGCACGCUCCGCAACCUGCCGAGCGGCAUGAGCAUCGAGUUUGACGCCGACCCGGCGCUGCCCGACCUCGACGACCCCGAGGGCGUCUCGGGCGAGUCGCUCGUGUUCCUCCUGCGGCUCCAGGCGUGGUACGAGCGCGUCGAGGGUCUCACCAAGCAGCGCGUCGAGCGGCUCGAGGGCGGCAACGGCGAGCUCGAGGCCAAGCUGCGUCGCAUCGUCGCCGGGUGCUGCGGCGUCGACGAGGAGCAGGUCGACGGCAUGCUCGAGGGCCUCGUGCGCUCUCUCGAGGCUGACCCGUCGGCGAUGGACCUCCCUCGAGUCGCGGCAUUCCUCAGCCGGGUCAAGGACGGCUCGCUGGCAUGAAGGACGGGGCCGAGAGAGAGAGGAGUCAGUGCGGUUCCUGGUUGUACUCUGUCUUUGCGAUCUAGCUGUAUCUACGCGCUGCGGCGCUUCCCUCCCU